AAUACGAUACAAAGGAAACAGAGGAGAGAGAUUAGAGUACAGAGACGUGAAAUGGCCAAGUGUUUUAGCUUCACUGCUUCCCGAGACUCCUGUUAUCGCCACUCCUUCACUAAGGGGGGCCUCAAAUCCUCCACCACCGAUCUCGGCGAUGGUACCGUCAUGCACUGCUGGGUCCCCAAAAUUCACGUCCCCUCUAAGCCUUCGCUGCUCUUGAUUCACGGCUUCGGCGCCAACGCAAUGUGGCAGUUCAACUACUUCAUCCCUCCUUUGAAGUCUAAAUUCAAUCUCUACGUCCCUGACCUCCUCUUCUUCGGCGAUUCCUACACGACCCGACCCGAGCGGACCGAGGCGUUUCAGGCCCAAUGUGUCAUGGCUCUUAUGGAUGCGCUUAAUGUUAGGAACAUGGAUCUCGUGGGGCUAAGUUACGGUGGUUUUGUCGCCUACAGUAUGGCGGCGCUGUUCAAGGAGCGCGUCGGGCGAGUGGUGCUGGGAUGCGCUGGAGUGUGCUUGGAAGAAAAGGAUAUGGAGGAAGGGAUGUUUCAAGUGAAGACUGUGGAUGAGGCCAUCAGUCUUUUGUUGCCUCAGACUCCCGAGAAAGUUAGACAGUUGAUGCGAUUGUCGUUUCAUAAGCCUCCACAGACUGCUCCGUCUUGUUUUCUGAACGAUUUUAUCGAGGUGAUGUGCACAGAAUAUCGUCAAGAGAGGAAAGAACUGAUUCAGGCACUACACAAGGAUAGAAAGCUGUCUAAUCUUCCCAAGAUAAGCCAGCCUACGCUCAUAAUCUGGGGAGAAUAUGAUCAGGUCUUCCCACUCGAGUUGGCACAUAGAUUAAAAAGGCACAUUGGUGAAAAUGCAGAAUUGGUGAUUAUAAAAAAUGCGGGGCAUGCACUUAAUGCAGAGAAGCCUAAAGAGAUGUACAAGCACAUGAAAUCUUUCCUCAUUGACACUCCACCUCCUACUAAGCAAGAAAACUACACAAAUGGUCACAAAGCAGAUUGAAAGGUCCGCAAGCAGCAAAUGACCUUAGGAGUUCUUGAUCCCUCAGUUGAGCCGAAAUUUCGCAAGAUAUGUCUUGCGGUGGAGGAUAGCACUGUCAGUCUAGAUGAAGGUACUCUAUUAGAUUUAAAGCCAGAGUUAAAUCAACGCAAGAGAUAUUAGCUAGAGUUCCUCUAUCUCUUAGGAAGUUUGCCAGGUCACCCAUGGAAUUUGAUCUGGAAGGGCUGAUUCCUUGCUUUCACGAUUCAAUGAGCAGUUUGUAUUAUUGAAGGCCCUUGCAGUGUUUGUGUUGUUGUACGGCAGAUGCAUAUAGGUAUUAGGAAAAUACUUGUAUAGACUCGAUGUGUGUGGACGCAAAACAUUAUAAGGAUAAAUUUUAUUUAUAGUAAUAAUAAUGUGGUUUUACUUAAA